AUGACUGCAGACACGAUGAAAAUACUGUGCCCAGACGCAGGAUACUUGAACCACAUGCCUGGACACAUCUACAUGCUGCGUGCCCUGUACGAAAAGGCCAUGACGGCCAGCGAGGCGGCUAUUCGCGCCGACGACGGGCCGAACGACUUCUUUAUUACUGGCUCGGCGACACGACAUUCACCUGAUGUCACGACGGCGAUGCAGCAUUACGCGCGAGGCGUUGCAUGCGCUUCCAUGAAGCAGACGGAAGACACUGAGCGGGAGAGACAACGCUUCCAGGAUCUCCAGCGUGUACCUCCCGCACGACGGUUCCUGAACAACCCCGGCGGUCGAUGUGCUCGGCGUGGCAAAAAGCAGGCUGGGCGGCUAGCUGGGUUAACACAGGGCAACUAUGCAGAGGCGCACGACCACUUGCGCGAGGCUGUGAGAAGGGACGACAAUCUUGGAUACGCCGGGCCGUAG